CCCGUCCCUGCCGGCUCUCGACUGGCAGCUGCCGUCACACUCAGGACCCUACGAGCUGAGGAUCGAGGUGCAGCCCAAGUCCCACCACCGCGCCCACUACGAGACGGAGGGCAGCCGCGGGGCUGUGAAGGCGUCAGCCGGGGGCCACCCCAGCGUGCAGCUGCACGGCUACGUGGAGAGCGAGCCGCUGACCCUGCAGCUCUUCAUCGGCACGGCAGAUGACCGGCUGCUGAGGCCGCACGCAUUCUAUCAGGUGCACCGGAUCACGGGCAAGACCGUGUCCACCGCCAGCCAUGAGGCCGUCGUCUGCAGCACCAAGGUCCUGGAGAUCCCGCUGCUGCCGGAGAACAACAUGCGCGCCACCAUUGACUGUGCCGGGAUCCUGAAGCUCAGGAACUCCGACAUCGAGCUGCGCAAGGGGGAGACGGACAUCGGGAGAAAGAACACGCGGGUGCGGCUGGUCUUCCGCGUUCACAUCCCACAGCCCAAUGGCCGGACGCUGUCGCUGCAGGUGGCCUCCAACCCCAUCGAGUGCUCCCAGCGCUCGGCCCAGGAGCUGCCCCUGGUGGAGAAGCAGAGUGCGGCCAGCGGCCCCGUCCUCGGAGGGAAGAGGAUGGUCCUCUCCGGCCACAACUUUCUGCAGGACUCCAAGGUCAUUUUUGUGGAGAAAGCACCAGAUGGGCACCACAUCUGGGAGAUGGAGGCAAAAACUGAAGGAGACCUGUGUAAGCCGAACUCGCUGGUGGUGGAGAUCCCGCCUUUCCGCAACCAGAGGAUAACCAGCCCUGUGCAGGUCAACUUCUACGUCUGCAACGGGAAGAGGAAGCGGAGCCAGUACCAGCACUUCACCUACCUGCCUGCCAACGUUCCAAUCAUAAAAACGGAGCCCAGCGAUGAUUACGAGCCUGCCCUCACCUGUGGACCAAUGAGCCAGGGCCUGAGCCCGCUCCCCAAGCCUUGCUACGGCCAGCCGCUCGCCCUGCCGCCCGACCCGGGAGCCUGCCUCAUGCCCGGCUUCCCGCCCCGUCCGCAGGGCAGUGCCAGCCCUGAGCUCCACGACCUCUCCUGCGCCCCUUACGGCUCGGCCACGGCCGGCCCGGGCCACAGCCCCCUCGGACUUCCGCGGCCAGUCGGCGGGGUCCUCGCCGGCCAGGAGGCGCCGAGACCCUCGGGCGUGCCUCCCGGGACCCCCCAGCCACCGCCCCCCACUCUGCUGCAGCCACAGGUGAGUCCGACGUCAAGCGGUAGCUGCUCCCCGGGGCGCCGGCCAGCGCUCUGUCCCCACAGCCCCUCCUCUCCGCUGCCGCCCGGGACCCGAGAGCUGACCCGCCUGCAGCCCUGUGGCCCAGCGCACCCCUGCGGGACGGGCCACCAGCAGCACCAGCCACCCGAGGUUCCGAGCAGCGAGCCCGCCACCGCCCGGCCCCUGCCGCCGCCCGAGGUGCGUGAGGACAGUAAUCGUAGUCUGGCCCCCAUUCCCGUAACGGUCAAGCGAGAGCCUCAGGAGCUGGACCCGCUCGACCUGGAUGACGGAAUGUCCCUUCCAUGUGGAUUCCUGAAGGACAGUGACUGCCUGGCACAGCCGUCCACCGGGUCCAGGCGAGAAGAACCCGGACGGAUGGUGUUCGAGAACCUGUGUUCCCAUCAGAGCUGUGUGUGUCCUACCUGACCCACUAUCACCAGCACACAGAAAACCCAGGUGACGAGAGUAGUGCCAGCGUGUGGGCUGGGCUCAUUCCAGAGUGACUGUACAUAUGGUCUCUGUUGACGAAUUCCGCCUCACAGCAGCCCUGAGCGGGCAGAAGCGCCGGUUCAGCCCCUGCUUUCAGAGAGGGAGGCUGAAGCUCGGGGAGACGUGUCACAGGAGCUGCUCGGAGUGCAGCAGGGACAGAACCGGGGCCCGCCGUGACCCGCCCGCCAGCCCCUAUGUCAGUGCUGGCUCUGGGCCCCCUGAGGUCGAGCUGUGUCAUUAAGAUGCAGUGAGCAAAGAUUCUUGCUCAGGAGUCUAGCUUUCAUGUGUGGACUCGCCUCGAAAGCCAAAGAGAAGUGUGGAGUGUGGCAUGUGUUUCCUUCACCAGAGAAUCCCUGUUAUUAGUGGAGGCACUUUUUGAUGACCCAGGGAGAACUGGGGGAGAGGCAGGACUUCCGAAGUGAUGAAGAGAGGACCUUGGUGAGAUAUCAGUCCCUAAAAGCAGUAAAAACACCGACACAACUUUCAGAUCAAUUAUUCCAGAACCUGACAACUACCCAGAGGCAGAGCAAACUGGAAGGCAUGUAUUCAAGGGAAAGUGGACCUUGGGAAAUGAUCUGUGGUGCUGUAACUCGGGGCUGUUCCCCUCCCCCCACUCCGUGGAGUGUGGCCACACAGCCCAGUUCAGUCCCUGAUCGGGGGAACCAUGAUCCUGCAAGCCGUGUGGCAUGGCCAAAAAAAUAGACAAGCAACGUGCGAGAUGGAUGUAUUUGCAAAACAAGUGUCUUAUAAAGGACUUAUACUCAGCACAUGUAAAAGCUGCAUAUCUCAGUAAUAAGACAGCCUAGUCAAAAACUGGGUAAGAGAUUUAAGUAGACCUUUCUCCAGAGAAGAUACAUGAAUGGCUAAUAAAUACAUGAAAAGAUACUCAACAUCAUUAGUCUUGGGGAAUGCCAGGAAGAUGCCUUUUCACACCCAUGAGAGAUGCUGUGAAAAAUCAGAGACAGUAGCAACUUAUGGAGAGCACGUGGAGAAAUAGAACUCUGGCAGGUUACCAGUGGGGAUAUAAGGAGCGCAGUCACUUGGGCCGUGCCUUUGCCAGAAGACCCGACAAUCCCACGCUCAGACAUCUACCCAGAGAAGUGAACACGUAUGUACACAUGAAGACUUGCACAGAAAUGUCCUUAGCGACAUUGUGUGUAAUAUCCAAACAUGUGAAACAACCUAAACAUCCAUGGAACAGAUUUUUAACAGUGUGCUAUAUCCGUACCCACAAGGAGGAAUGCAGUACCCAUUCGUGGUAGGACAUGGUUGAACCUUGAAAACAUGUGGAGUGAAAAACCCAGACACAAAGGACCACAUUUUAUGUGGGUCCAUUUAUAUGAAGGUGUCCAGAGAGGCAGCCCGGCCUGGGGAUGUUUCUAGGUCUGGCCUCUCAUGCAGCGUCACUGGUAUUACAUAUGGUUUUGCUAAAACACUCGAUGCCAAAGGAGAGAAGUGCUUUGAAAGUGAAGGCAUGUGUGCAUCGUGUGUGUUUGCUUCUGUGUGUGGAACAUACACAGCCCUUUUUCAGACGCGAUGGGAGAAAACUCACAAAUUCUAUAUUUUUAUGACACAAAAUAAGGCUGAUAGCAGAGUUUCUCUUGGGGAAUAAAAAUAUGUGUGCUUCUCCAUCACUUAGUUUAGUAAAUAAAGGAUUCUCUUUAAAGCGUGAGCCAUGUGGGUCCUCACGUUGGCUGGGCACAAAGCCUUAAGCCCCUUUACCCUUUUCAGUCUGAAUUUUGACACCGGGUUCUUCCUUCCUUACAGAUUACAAAGUGGACGCUUCCACACAGUUAAGAAUAAAGACGGUCCAUCCCCCCUCUCAAACAUCCGCCCUUAUCAGGCCCAGGGGACCCCGACUAAUCACAGCCUGGUCCUGAGACAAUGGGCCGCGCCGGCCUCCAGAGGACGUGGACAGUUAUCGCCCAGAACCCGGGGCUGGCUCUCUUCUGCUCUGAAGCAGAGCGCACAGUGCUGGAUGAGUCCUUGUUGGGGCGGGGGGCCUUAUCAGCCCCAGCCCUCCCGCCCUCCCCGGGAAGGCUUCCCCACUCACCGUAUCAGGCUGCACAGCUGCCGCUCUCCAGAUACAGCCUGGGAGCGCCCUGGGCAGCGUGGAGAGACCACCAUGAUGCCCUGGCUCCGGCCGGCGGGCCUGGCAGGAGGAAGCAGGGAGGUGUGGCUGGGUAGGCCUGGCAUCCAGACGUGAACCAGGCCCGGCCGGCUCCCUCUGCUGCCCCUGGGGCUCCGGGGACAGCCCGUCUCAGGCCUCCCCAUCCUCUCUCGAUGUGCCGAGCCCGGUUGGUUUGCAGGCCACUCCGUGUCUCUGCGGAGGUUUCAGCCGAGACUGGGCAGGGCCCCAGCAGCGACCUCGGGAGCUAACUUCUCACCUGUGAGUGUGAGUGAGGUCGGAGCAUUCUGUACAGACAGGAAACUCACAGACCAAAAUCGGUGAAUGAGAAGGUCACUGGGGUGGGGACACCCGGGGGGGCACCCAAGAGGUGGGAACACUGGGGGAACACGCAGGGGGGACCCCCUGGGGGGUGACACCUGGUAGGGUGGGGUCACUUGGGGGCGGGGACACUGGGGGACACCCAGGACAGACCCCCUGGGGGUGACACCCAGCAUGGUGGGGACACCCAGAGGGGGAUACCCGGAAUGGGGGUACAUGGGACACCCGAGGAGGACACCCAGGGUGUGGGACAGCCGGUGGGGAGACACCUGGAAGGGGGAGGUACCUGAGGGGACACCCGGGGGGGCCGCUUCCUCCCCUCAAGAGUUUCCUCUGGGGUCGUCUUUAGGAUGGCGCCCAGGCAAGACAGCAGCACCAAGGUGACCUGGCUGCUUUUGAUGAGAGAAACCACACUUUGGGCAUUUCCUCAUAACUGCUGUCCCCAGACUGAGACUGGCCGGGAGGGGACAGACCGCGUCACGUGUCGGGGCCCCAUCCUGGCUGCGGGAGAGCCUGCUGUCUGCUGCUCUUGGCCGGGCUCCUGGCUUUCACAGCAUCAGACUCAGAAUCGCCUUUCUGUGCACUUUCCUUUUUUUUUCUGUCCACAGUAGCUGUUGCCAG